CAUUAUGGGCAAUGAAUACACAAGCCAUAUGGAAUACAUGGGGAUCUCACAAUCAGGCCGCACCCAUUCGGACACGCUGAAGUUAUCCGAUACGCAACAAUAGUGAGUGGAAUCAUCUCCGGGAAACAGGAAAAGCAGCCACUUCCUACAGAGGAAAUGUAGGGAGGUCAAGCAUUUCUCGCCAGUAGAACAGUACAUGCAGGCUUGUUCAAAAGAACACAUACUUUCCAUCCCUUUCUCUAGUAAACAUAUACCAGGAUCCUGUGAACUCGGAGCUUGAGAUUUGAGGAACCAAAGUCCAAACGGCUGUGAGCGGGAUCUGCAAGAGGUACACAGCUGUGUGUGUCUCUCUGUGGACUUUAUAUUUCCUCUGUUGGUAUUUCCGUGUUUUAUUUUGGCUCAGGAGAGUGGCUUCAUGGUCAGUGGGUCAAGUCACAUGUUGUUAUUCUGUCACGUGUCAGUGGAAAGUAAUGAUAAGUAGCAAAGAUGCAGUCUCUCCGCUCCUCCCCCUCUCCUGCUCAUGUUGUGUCUCCGGUUCCGGAGCGGCCCGGACCCCCCCCACCCAGCCCCCCUCAGGGGCCCCCGAGGGACCACGGGGCUCCCGGCACCCCUCGCCUCCCCGGGGGAGACCCAAAGAGCCCGGAAUCAGAGAGCCAGUCCCCCAUCAGAGGAAGAGACACCCCCACAAGGUUCAGAAGCACCAACUUUGGAUAUCCCCCUGAUUCCGGCAGAGAACCCCAAGGCACAGAAAAACUCGCCCCAGACAGAGAUAUCAGCGCCCAGAUUAAAGAGCGUGAGCUUCCCACCAGCCCUGAUAGAAACCACCACAUUGAAGACAGAAGCAUCCCGAUCAGAGACACAUACCCCACCUUCGGAGGCAGAGAUAGUAGAGACAGGGGGUCCCCCGUCAGUGACAGAGUCUCUGUCAGGUCUGCCAGCGAUCUCAAGAUCAGAGACAGAGAGCUCACUGUCAGUGACAGAGACCCCCACGGCUCAGACAGAGACCCCCCCGGCCGGCGGAUGGAAGAGACAGCGGGGAACGCGGUGAUCAUCAGGAUCGGCAUCCCGGACCUGCAGCAAACGAAGUGCCUCCGGCUGAACCCUGAUGCCCCAGUGUGGGUGGCCAAGCAGCGGAUCCUGUGUACACUAAAUCAUAGUCUAAAGGACGUUCUGAAUUAUGGGCUCUUCCAGCCUGCUUUCAAUGGGAGAGCUAGCAAAUUUCUGGAUGAGGAACGGCUUUUGCGGGAAUACCCACCUUCUUUGGCAACACCUGUUCCUUACCUGGAGUUUCGGUACAAGAGGAGAGUUUACACACAGACACUGCUGGAUGACAAACAGUUUGCCAAACUUCAUACAAAGGGUAAUCUAAAAAAGUUCAUGGAGUACAUUCAAUUACAGAAUGUUGAAAAGGUGGCAAGACUGCUAGAGAGAGGUCUAGAUCCCAACUAUCAGGAUCCAGACACGGGAGAAUGUCCUCUAACCCUUGCAGCCCAGUUGGAGGGUGGAGCAGAGCUGGUAAAAUUUUUACGAAAUGGGGGAGCACAUCUUGACUUCAGGACUCGUGAGGGACUAACGGCUCUGCACAAAGCGGUUCAUUACCGCAACCACGCCGUACUGAUGACCCUCUUGGAUUUGGGUGCUUCACCUGACUACAAGGACAGCCGUGGCUUGACACCACUCUAUCACAGUGCUAUGGUUGGGGGUGAUCCUUACUGUUGUGAACUGCUACUCCGAGACUAUGCCAGCCUCGGGUGUGAGGAUGAAAACGGCUGGCAGGAGAUUCACCAGGCUUGUCGGUAUGGACAUGUUCAACAUUUGGAGCAUCUUCUGUUUUAUGGAGCUGAUAUGAGAUCACAGAAUGCAUCAGGGAACAGCGCUCUGCACCUUUGUGCACUCUACAAUCAGGAGAGCUGUGCUCGGGUUCUUCUCUUUCGUGGGGCAUGUAAAGAGAUUCGGAAUUUCAACAACCAGACUGCAUUCCAGGUUGCCAUUAUUGCAGGAAAUUUUGAACUUGCAGAAAUAAUCAAAACUCACAAAGAAUCUGACAUUGUGCCUUUUCGGGAGACUCCAAGUUACACAAAGCGCAGACGUGUUGUGAGCUCUGUGGGUCUCUCAUCUCCACGCUUCCUGCAGCGCUCUGCCAGUGACAACAAUCUCAACUCAGAUGGAGCUCACUAUUCCCCCCUGCCCUCGCUCCGUGGACUGCCCACACAGUUGCUUUCCCAGGCACCAGAGGUCUCCAGGAUAGUAGCUAUAGGGGACAGCAGUCUUGCGAGCACUACUAGCUCCCGUAGCACACACAGCCGAUCCCCAUCACUGCACCGUGCCAGAGAGGAAAGAGAUAUUGACACCCAUACCCUUCGAAGAGGACGAGGAAAGAGCAGCCCAGGGCCACUGGAUAUGAGGAGUACUGGCCCUCGGGGCCCCAAAAGGAAGCUGUACAGUGCCGUCCCAGGAAGAACAUUCAUUGCAGUGAAAUCAUAUGAACCUCAAGGACCUGGAGAGAUCCAACUCAACAGAGGAGAGAGAGUGAAGGUGUUGAGCAUAGGUGAAGGGGGCUUCUGGGAAGGCUCCGUGAAGGGCAGAAGUGGCUGGUUUCCAGCAGACUGUGUGGAGGAGGUUCAAAUGAGACAGCCAGAUCCAAGGCAAGAAACCCGUGAAGAUCGAACAAAGCGACUCUUCAGACAUUACACAGUGGGAUCCUAUGACUCUUUCACAUCACACAGUGACUACGUCAUCCAGGAGAAGGUAGCACGGUUGCAGAAGAGAGAACUGGAGGGAUUUGGCUUUGUACUGCGAGGGGCAAAAGCAGAGACACCAAUUGAAGAGUUCACACCCACACCUGCCUUCCCUGCCCUGCAGUAUCUGGAGUCUGUUGACGUGGAUGGAGUGGCCUGGAGGGCUAGCCUUAGAACUGGGGACUUCUUGAUAGAAGUGAAUGGGGUAAAUGUGGUGAAGGUCGGACACAAACAAGUGGUAUCUCUAAUUCGACAAGGAGGUAGCCACUUAACCAUGAAAGUUGUAUCUGUGAGUCGAAAACCUGAGAGCGAGGAGUCUAUGCGCAGAAGGGCUCCCCCACCACCGAAGAGAGCGCCAAGCACCACACUUACCCUGAGAUCCAAGUCCAUGACAGCUGAGCUUGAAGAACUGGAAAGACUUGAUGAAAUCUUGGUGGCUUCUGAUCCCUCCUUGUGCCCAGAAAUUGCUGAAGCUGAUUCUAGAGCUGCUACUGUGAAACAAAGACCAACAAGCAGGCGCAUCACCCCAGCUGAGAUCAGUUCACUGCUGGAGAGACAGGGGAUUCCUCAACAUGCAGUAUCCCAGUUCCCCAUUGAGAAACAUCAUUUUCCUCUUCAUCAUGGAAUGUCUCGGACAAAAUCUGUGGGUGAGGAUGAGAAGUUAUCAGAUUAUUACUUUGAUGGCCGUUUUCCACGUAGCACAUCCAUGCAGGAUUCAUUAAGGGAAGGUCCUGGAAUCCCACCACCACCACAAAAAGCUGCUCCCCCUCCUCCAACUCCAUAUUAUUUUGACACUGGACCACCCCCAACUUUUUCCCCACCUCCUCCUCCAGGCAGAGGUUAUGAUACAGUGCAUUCCAGCUUUAAACCAGGGUUUGAAGCCAGGUUUCAUGGGCUCCAACAUGGAAUGGGUUCUGCUGAGCUUUUAAGCAUGGAUCGUGGUCUGCCUCCUCCUGAUCGACAAAAGAGAGCUCGCUCCAUGAUAAUCCUUCAGGAUACAUCUCAUCUUCCAGUGGAACCCACAAGUAUUUCACGAGCAGGUCCAUCUCCUAUUCCUCCAGAGAAACUGAAAAGAAGAAGUCGAGCUGUAGAAAAUACUUAUGCCAACGUGGGUAUUUUUACACCAAUGAAGCCACAGAGAAAGAAGAGCCCCCUUGUAAAACAGCUUCAAGUGGAAGAUGCCCAGGAAAGAGCAGCAUUAGCCAUGGUAGGAAGCUUUUCUCGUGAUCCUUCACCAUCACAACGCAGUCCAAGGCAGAGCAUGAUGGAGCUUGGAACAGCUCACCACGAUCCACUUAGUAGCCCUUUUGCAACAGCACUUGCAGGAGUGAUGAAGGAACGCGAAAGAAGGCUGGAUGAAAAGCGUAAAUCCACAGUCUUCCUCUCAGUUGGAGCACUAGAAGGCACUUCUCCAUGUCAAGAUCUCCCAUCCCUGCAGCCUUCACGAUCUGUUGAUGAGCGAUUAUUAGGGAGUCGUGACGUUCUCCUUCCAUCACCUGGAUCCUCAUUAAAAUCAUUAAUGUAUAGCAGUUCUCGUUCCACUUUCAUCCACCCACUAACUGGCAAGCCUCUUGAUCCAAACUCACCCCUUGCUCUUGCGCUGGCCGCAAGGGAGAGAGCACUGUCUGCUCAGGCACCUUCUCCACCUCCUCCGAGGACACCUACCCCAGUAAGGAGCCCCGAAUCAGACAGAGCUCCUCCACUCUUCCUGGAAAUACAAACCAAAGAGGGGGAGAUGGGAAUGGAGUUGGAAGGGUCAGCAUCCCCAAUUUACAGUCCAUCAGGGGCACAAAUUAAAGGUCAGUGGGUAACACCUCUACGCAGAGGUGGAGAAGGUCAACCAGAUAAGAGUCCAGAGAGACCAGAAAGCAAGAUGGAAGAGCGAAAACCUAUGAUUCUAAGCAUUGUAGACACAUCUCAACAGAAAACUGCGGGUCUCAUCAUGGUGCAUGCUACAAGCAAUGGGACAGAAGAAAAAGAACAAGAGCCACCAACUACCAUUGAGAAGCAAGAAGUUGUACAACCCCCAGAUAUUGAGGAGAAAGCCCCUUCCAGCUCUUCAUCUGACAAGACACUUAACCAGGGAAGCUCAGAAGAAGAUGUUGAACCCUUUGGAGGCAACUUGCCACCUGCCAUGCUCUCCUCAAGUGAUGAGGAGACAAGAGAAGAGCUGGCCAAAAUUGGACUGGUGCCUCCUCCUCAUGCAUUUGCCAAUGGAGUCCUGGUCACCAAACUUGGCACCCCCAUCAGCCAACUGACUCGACCUGGUACUUUGGCUUUGCCAUCUGCCAAGCAAGCCAGCAGUACACCACCCUCAGGGAAGCCCUCGGAUUCACCACUUCCCCACCCGGAGUCAGCUACAGAUUCAGGUGUGGAAGAAGUGGACACCAGGAGCUCGAGUGACCACCACCUGGAGACCACGAGCACCAUCUCUACUGUAUCUAGUAUGUCCACUCUUUCCUCUGAAAGUGGGGAGCCCACUGACACCUACACCUCGUAUGCUGACGGUCAAACUUUUAUACUCGAGAAGCCACCAGUGCCUCCAAAGCCCAAACUCAAGUCUCAACUGAUGAAGGGCACAGUGACCUUCAGGGACCCCCUGCUCAAGCAGUCCUCGGACAGUGAGCUCAUCGCCCAGCAGCAACUUGCAGCGGGCCGUCCACGCUACCUCUUUCAGAGAAGAUCUAAGCUAUGGGGAGACCCAGUGGAGAGCCGACCACUUUCUCAUGGGGGCCCUGUGGAAAUAGAAAAGCCGUCAGUUAUUGGAGAAAUCAGUUCCCGACUCCAGCUGCUGAACAAGGACACACGAUCACUGGGGGAGGAGCCAUCAAUUCCGGGAAUGGACCCGGUUAAGAAGUCUCCCGUAGUGGCAGCUCGCUUGUUCAGCAGUCUUGGAGAGCUGCACACUAUUUCCCAGCGCAGCUAUGGAACAUCCUACACCGUACGCCCCGGGAGCAGACACCCACUGACUCGCCGGUCCCCUAGCCCUGUACCAUCUUCCUCUGAGAGAGUGGAGCCAUUAGGAGGUGCACGAUCUUACACACUUACGCCUCCCACCAUCCUGAAGUCCUCCAGCCUUUCAAUUCCUCACGAACCUAAGGAGGUGCGCUUUGUAGUGAGAAGUGUAAGUGCCCGAAGUCGAUCUCCUUCUCCAUCUUCUGGGCAUCCCCUGCAUCCUGCUCGUCCAUUUAUGCAGAAGCCCCUCUCACUAUGGAAUAAGUAUGAUGUGGGUGACUGGCUGGAGAGUCUAAACCUGGCUGAGCAUCGCCUCAAGUUCCAGGACAAUGAAAUUGAAGGCUCUCAUCUACCUGCUUUGACUAAGGAGGAUUUUGUAGAAUUGGGGGUUACCCGUGUGGGCCAUCGUAUGAACAUCGAGCGUGCCCUUCGUCAGCUGAGCACCAGCUGACCCGGCCAGGAGCUGCGAUCCCAACCCCCGGGAGAGCAACUCUGCACCGCUUCAGGGGGAGGAAUGACUUUGCAUACACAAAGUGACAGGCACUGCCCUGAACACAUAGAACAAAUACAAAGGGAAACAGACAGCGCUGUACCAAUACAUACAAUUCAACAGUGCCCAAAACAUACGGAGCAAAGCUCUUAUGUUCCACACAUCCAAAGUCCAACACACUGCCCUGAAACUGCACACAGGAGGACAGCACACUGCACUGAGCUCAUACCCAGGGGAACACACUGCAGUUCACACACUGUCACAAUAACAUGCGCAAGUGUAAUCACACUUGGCCUUUCACAGGCCGACACACUUACGUUGACACACACUGAUACCCAGACUAUAACACGCACAUUAUCUGAGUAAAAUGUAUUUUAAAAGUACCCACCAACUUACAGUAUCCCAACAGACACAGGCAUUAAUAACACACGUAUAUGUAGAGCGACAAGUUUACAUUUAUUGUAGCUCAAAACACACAUUCCUCUCCUUGUGCGAUGCAAUGGGGCCAAGUCAUUGAUCCCCCAACUUUAUUUCGCUCUCUGUGCCAUGGAGUGCAGGAGGGGUCAGUCACGGGGUCCCAGGGCCAGGCCACUGUGUGUGUAAAUUCCAAUUUUUUUUUUAAGCUGAGCAACAAAGGGAUCGCAGUCAGACACAGAAUGGGGCAACUCCAUUCUAAGAGCUGACUCAUGGAGAGAAAUCCAUGGAUUGGGCUGGAAGAAUCUGUAGGUUUCAGCCACCUCCACUGUGGGACGCUUUUUAUGCAUCUUUUUAAUUAGCUAUAUAUUUGAAGAGAAAAUGACUUUACCUAUAUAUAUAUAUAUAUAUAUAUAUAUAUAUAUAUAUAUAUAUAUAUAUAUAUAUAUAUCCAUAUAUCCAUAUAUAUAUAUAUAUCCAUAUAUAUAUCUAUAUCUAAAUAUAUAUAUAUAUAUCUAUAUACACACAAUACCCUCUCACUGGACUUUUUAUAUACAGCAGAUUUGGGGAUGUUUAGAGGUUUUUGCGUGUCCUGCGCUGCCUCAUUUUGGGAUUUGAGUUUUUCUUUGGACUUUUUGGUUAUGUUUAUUUUUGAUUUGUUCAAGUUUUUUUAAUCAAGGUUCUGAGCGUUAUUUGAAUAAACCCCUCACCAUGCCACCAGCAUUAUUUGCAAUGAGACAUGCAUAUUUAUUUAUUUUAUUUAUUUCUUUUUGUCAACAUCUCACAUAGGGUAAUCAUUAACUUGGAGUACUCAUUAUCAUUUUAUAUUUACGUGCACAUUGGGGCUCAUUAAAAUCACCCAUCCGUGUAGCCAAAUGAAAAAUUUGUAUUUUAGUUGUGAAUUCUAUGAUCUGGGAUAACUCUUUGUUAUGUUUGAUUGAUUUCAUCUUUCAUUUAUUCCAAUAUUCCAUGAGGGUUUUCUUCUGACACUGAGGUAGGGUUUUCCCGUUGUUUAAAUCCCUUUCGCUGGACAUUUUAGUUAAAUAUUAUGGGGGGAAAGAACAUUUGGAUAAGUUGUUUAUAUUUAAUUUGGAGGUAAUGUUGACUUAUUCCAGGGUUUUGUCUAUUCAGGUCUUCAGAAUUAGCAAUUAUUUCCUCACUACAUUGCUUUUCAUGGUUGAGCCGGAGAAAGAAUAGACCCCUCUCCUUUGAACAAUGUACAGCACCCUGACAAAUGACACCCAGAAUUCCUCUCACAUUGCAGUUAUGUCCCAAGAUAUUGCAUGGCAUGCAGUAGACUGUUGAUAUCUAGGCAACAAUCUCAUGCACUGUCUUGCAUAUUGUCAUCUGCUUGUGGAUAUUUACUGGAGAUGAGGGAGGAUCAAGGAGCCGGCUGGGUCCUCUCAUGUACUAUGUCCCUGUGCUCCUUAGGAUACAUUACCGGGGGUGACCGACCUGGAUCCGGUGUGCCUUAUUGCCAUGAUAAUCACUUCAGGUCCCUAGUGGGGAGAAGCAAUCUGAUGAUAUCCCAUUUCCUGCAGUGCCUUAUCGCCAUUGUGGAGCUUAGACAAGACCCUCUGACUGUGCUACAUGCGCUGCUCUUUUAGAGCAGGAGAAUAUACAGCCCCCAAGAUGGAGCGAUCGCUGCUGCUUCUCUGACUGGAAUAGCCCAUACCCCAAGACCCAAUUGAACCUCAAAUACAGGGCUAUAAUCCAGCUCCCUGCUUGCCAGAGGGAUUUCACUGAGCCAGGUUACAAGGCAACACAAUACAGCAUGGAGAGUGGAUACAAAAGAAUAAAACUGCCACCUUGUUUAUUGUGUGAAGGUUAACACAGCAACAGAAAUGUGUGUGUAUGAACAUUUAUCAAGUGUAUUUUUGAAGCACUGAAUGAGCAAUAUUACACAAUUAAUGGCUGAGCAGUGUGGGAUUAUUAGGGUAACAGUGUGAAUCUGAAAAGAUUUUUCCGAUGUUUCAGGCAUUGAUACUGUCUCCUUUCUGCCUGGUUAGAGUAGAAAUCUUCUAUCCUGUCCUGCCAUGUGCUGUAAACUCAAUACAGAGGCUCAGACAUCUUACAACCAAGAAACAUGGCUUUGUCUUUGUGAUUUAUGAUAUCACAAUAUAACUGCAUUGUAAAAUAUACUAUUGUAACAGACCGAGACCCUGCAUCAUUAAACAGAUCUAGUUAUGUGCAAAAACAGUCUUUACCUGAAACAGGAUAUACAGAAUCUACUGCGAAGGCAACAGCCAUUGAUAUAACCCAUAUUGUAUGCAACCUCCUCCUCUUCAUGCAUACUGGGGUUAAUAACUAGAUAUAUAGAAAUAUAUAUAUAAUAUAAAUAUAUAGUGCGGUUGGAGACAGUUAUCUCAAAGAGCCUUGUAUAAAUUGGCACAGAGAUUACUGUACUUGCCAUAAUAGCUUUCAGGGUUUGGGUAAUAUAUAUAAAGCAGGACAGAAAGUAAAAGGGAGAGAUUUUGGAAAAGGUGCAUGAAAACCAAACGAUAAAAAGUUAAAAAAAAUAAUUUGAAAAAAAAACCAUAUAAAACAUGUAAAACUUCCACAAAGAAAGGUGAUAAAAUGUCUGGUAAUAAAGAUGUAAACGAAACAAAUAUUAAUAUAGGGGAAUAUGUGCCAAAAAUAGGUAUGAACAUGCUAUAAACGUUAUAUGUUUCUGUCUUCUAUACGCAGCUUCUCCAUUGACAUGACUGCUGAUAUAAUUCAAAAUAUAUAUAAUAAUUCAAAAUCUAUUUAUAGCCACAUUUUAAUCUUGAAUUCUCCACACGAACUCUUUAUGAAUAUCCCCCCCCCCCAUUGCCCUAUCAUGCCCAAAAUUCAUUCCCAUUAUUCUGUAAAUUUGUAGCAGAAAAUUACUCUCUUCUUUUUCCGGCUUUUCCAAAGCUUGAAGGGGGGGCUGGGUGUUAAGGACUGAUUGGGUUGGGGGGGGGGUCUGGGAUUCCGCCAUGGGGUAAUAUCAUCUGGUGCUAAUUAGAGGGGGUGUAGUUUUGCCUGCCCCUCUCAUAUCUUAAUGUUUUUAAGGCUUUCAUAUGGAGUGUGUGUUCCUACAGAGCAUGGCACAGCUAGUAGGGCAGAUAUUGGGUGUGUUGAACAUACAGAGAGCAGGGCUAGAGAUGGAGGAAAUGGGAAUAUAUAUAUAUAUUAUGGUAAGUUCAGCCACAGGAUAUAAGAUUUACCGAGUUUUUAUUCCUUUUGCUUCUUACUUAUGUGUAGAUUCCUUGGAAGGGGAACGUGGGUCUCACAUUGUGAUUUGGGACUAUAUGACCAAAGAAUAUAUACUAGGGUAUUGCUGCUAGUGUCAUCACAGGACGUGACGGGAAGUAGCAUGAAACUGUGUUAAACCCUUUUGUGGUGCUCAGUCAUUACUAAUAAAUUCUACAGUUUUCUAUGCCACACGUCUUUUCCUGUAAGUUUAAGCUUAGGGACUCAAUCUUACUAAACCAGCUUCAUAAUGCUGCUGUGAUUAUUAUGAAGUGAUUGCCGAAUAAGGGUGCUUUUCUGAUCAUGGUUAAAUAGCAAAGAGCACAAUUAAUGACAUCAUUGAAAACUAUUAAACUUUGCUCAUCUCGGCAACAACUAACACCUACAUGAAAAAAUACAGACCAAAGCGUUUGUGAUACUUUACCAGUUACUGUUAAGUACGUUUUUUUUCCACCAAAACCUUUCUGCAGGUAUGAGAUCUAUUAUCUCCUUAUUACAAUGUCACAGAGGAAUACCUGUAGCUUUGAUUUAUGACUGGUUUGCUUUUCUCUCUAGUAAUAAGUACUAGUAAUAAGUACUUUGUAAGAAUCCAUAUUGGUGGCAAUAUAAUCCUAUUGAAUAUUUUAAUGUUUAAAUAUUACUUUGAAGCCUUAUGGCAUGAUACCCCAAAUUAUUGAAAAGUCCUUUAUGUGGAAACCCCCAGUUCCCAAGUAUUCCAGAUAAUAAACCCCAUACCUGUAUAACGGCUAACAGUGACUGUUAAAAUAGAAAGCAACUUAUAAAGCAUACAGUACAUGUAUGAAACUGUGAAUUUAUAUCCUGUUCUAGGAUGAAAUUGACAGGAGAUAACGUCACCCAAUGCAAAUUUUUCAAAUUCAAACAAAACCUUUAGAAUAUCUAAUCCUUGUAGUAGUACCCUCCUUCUUGUUUAAACUUACAAUGCAGAAACCCUAGUAACAAUAACAACUAGUACUAUAGCCACUUAAAAAGUGGUCACUGUCCCAUAUAUGUGAUACUAAUUGACUGUAAAGGAUUUCUAAUUAGCCUGCAGCCCAAACACCAUACAAGGUCCUUAAAACAAUGCUCCAAAAUGACCCGAUGCCAAAUUCAUAUCAAUAGCAAGUCCUAGUGAUUGCUGUAGUUAGCUGUGUUGUGAUGAUCAGUACUUGACAACAUUGCACUUAUUUGCCCACUUGUUUGAUUUGCAAGAUAGGGUUAUGCAGAAGCAUGGGAAUAGUUUGCCCAGUCCAGUUUGAGGACAGUGCAUUCUAUAAACUUGGGUGCAUUUGUACAUAUUCUGAACCACCCAUUAAUCUGUGAUAAAUUAGAAGCAACAUUUGGGUAUUUGCUUCAAUUAUUCUAACUGCACUGGACCAGUAAAAGCUAAGGGUCAAGAAGCUACUAUUGCCCAUGUUCCUGCAUAAGCUGCAGUGUACUUUCAUGUAAUUAUAAUUCCACAUAAAAUACAAUUUUAUUUUUAUGAAACCUUAAUGUAAUCCCCCCCAAUGUACUGAUAAAAAGUUCUAUACUAUUAAAAUAAUACUCAUAUUUGUAGGUUAUGGAUAUUGACAUACAGACACACCUAAGAAAUCUGACCCAUUUACCAUCCAUCAUAUAAAGUAAACUUAUAAAUGAUUGUAUUUACGCAGCCAACACUCCCAGCUAUAAGAAAGACAUAGAGAAUCUUUUCCCCGUGGUGUUUACCAUUAAGUUUAGAACAGGUAACGGAGUAGCCCCAGUGUCGGUUUCGGAAGAUCCAUUUUCUGUACUAUAGUAUUUGUUUUAGGCUCUUCGGUGUAUGAGCUUGACAGUUCUGAGUUAAUAACUUCUUCCCUAAAUAAAUCACGGACUGUAAUCAAAUGGCAAAUUUUGGGGGGUACUUUUUAUAAAAGUGCCUUCUCCUAAUGUUGCUCUAUUUUCAGAAAAACAUCACAAGUGCUGGAUUUCUUGCUGAGUAAUUGUCUGUGUAAUGUGCAGGGCUUUCAAAUGGAUGGGUUUCAUCUGGGUGGAAUUAUGAUAGAAGGGUGAACCAUAUAGGUAUUGUCAAUAGAAUAUUUAGUAGAGAGUGCCUUUUAUGAAUGCACAUGUUAAAAAUCUCAAAAUACAAGUUAUUUAGGGCAGUGGUUGCUAAUGUUUUGUUUGUGUGAUGAGAGGCAUUGAGAAGGGGUUGUGAGGAUGUUCCAUUAGGGCAGUGAGGUGGACUUGGGCAUUUUCAGCGUAAGGUUGUUGAAGUUAGCAUAGUCAAGCAAGCUUUGUCUGGAUUACAAUGUAACUGUUGUAUCUGGACGUUCUUUGGUGCUUGAAAGGGAAAUAUGAUGUGCAAUGUUCUCUGUGCUUUAAGGGAUGGCAAAUGUAGAAUGUUCUGUGAGCUGGAAAUGUGUGGCAUAUAAAGAUGUCAUCUGGGGGUAUAAGUUUGCCAUACUACCCCUAUGAAUGUGGGAAAGGACUGAAUAUAUGUGUGUGGAAAUGUCCCCUGCAAUUACUAAUGGGUACAGUCAAUGGACGAUAAGAUGAUGUUGAUCCUGGGGAUUGCAGAAAGUGCUCUAGACAUAAUUGUGGUAAUUUUAAGGGCGGGGUAUCUGGGUUACCUCUCUUACCCCUGCAUCAGGUGUUAAUUAGUGUGCUGGAUGACAUAAUAAAUUUAUAAGAAAUUC